GCCCGCGGCUGUGCGCGUCCUUUCCUGCAGCAACAGUAUCCGUGCCACGAGAGAGAGAGAGAGAGAGAGAGAGAGAGAGACGGCGAAAUGCCCGAGAUGGGCAACUCUUUACGCGCGGCUGCCCUCCUGGCUUUCGUGGUUCUCUCUAUUCUGGUGUCACUCUUGAUCAGCAGCGUGCAGCAGUUUGGAGUAUCGCACUUUUCUAACGCAACUCUUGCGGUGGAUGAGCAGGAGUUCGCGUCGCUCCGCGGGGCGUUGAUUUACCAACUCAACGAGAGGCGCAAAGAAAUUAUCCCGCUGCUUUUGCCCGAUGGUGAUGAUGAUGAUGACGAUGAUGAAAACGGACUGUCGGAGGGAACUCGACUUUCUCCCCAACUAUACUCACCUUUGGAUUAUAAUCUGUGGAAUGAGAUCACGAACGGCUCCAGGAAAGCGCAUAUGGAUGAAAUGGGUUGUGAGUCUCUGGUGGACAUGCAGGCGAUGGAGGUCCUCGGGUCUGGAUACACCAAGCUGGUUGUCAAAGUGAAUCUAGCCGGAGGUCAGCCCGUGGCUUUAAAACUGGUCAACGAGCAGGGGAUAGAUAUGAGCAAGUGUUUGGAGGAUUUUAAAGACCCACAAGGUUGCCGCGAGCUCGUUUCCUACAAGCUGAAGAAAGAAAUAGUCCUGUUGCAGAGGCUGCAGCAUCCAAACGUCAUAAAGCUCAAGGGUCAUUGUGCAGGAGAUGCAAGAGGCCAGGGAGGAAGAGGAGCAGAGAGAGGAAGAGUCACAGUCAUUCUGGAGCAGGGGAAUCCUCUCCAGAUGAUCCAGCUGCUCCAGAGCCCCUGGGAGGACAGAUUCAGGGUGUGUCUGGACCUGGUCAGGCUCCUCCACUUCCUCUCCCAGUCUCCUCUGGGCUCUGUAGCUCUGCUGGACUUCCAGCCCCGGCAGUUUGUCACCGUGUCCGGCGAGCUGAAGCUCACGGACCUGGAUGACGCCAGCGCCGAGGAGACCCCCUGUCAGACUGAUGCAGACUGCACCCUACAGUUUCCGCACAGAAAUUUCACUCUGCCCUGCUCAUAUCGGGGAGUGUGCGAGGGCUUGAAUGAGAAGAGGAACAUUUACAACGCCUAUAGGUAUUUUUUCACCUACCUGCUGCCUCACCAAGCCCCGCCCGGCCUCACACACCUGGUAGACCACAUCAUGAACUCCACAGGCGAGCUGAAAGCUGACAUCAAUCAGACGCUGGAGGCCUUUGAACACAUCCUCCUCCUCUACAAGUCUGGCCUGCACCUGGACAACCUGCCUCCAUCAAUAAUCAGAGAUUACACCGUGAUGCGAGGUAUGGGGACCUCUGGGAACGUGGAGUACAGCUGCUGGCCGUCCUACAGCCAGCAGGGCUGCGUGCUGUCGGUUCACAGCGCCAGAGAGGCUGCGUACAUCUGUAACUCCCAUUCUCAGUGCAACAGCUUCACUCUGACCGGACAGAAGACGUGGACGGGUCGCCUCCUGGCCUCUUUCAGAAGCAGCUUCAGUCAUCUGGUGCCUGAUGGGACAUCAGAGGUGUAUGUGAAGAAAACCAAAGCUCCUGAAACGUCUACAGUGUGACGUGAGGAACAAACAGAGCAGUCCUGUUUAUAUCGAGUUGGAGUUACUGUGGAGUGGGAUGAGAGAGAACGCACAGCCGGUGAUGUGAAGCAAAGCAAAAUGUUGCGCUUAAGAUCAGAAACUGAGUCCUCCUCGUGAACAUGUUGAACGUAGCUCAGCUCUGUGGGUUCACAGGAGGAGCGCAGGGGCUGAGGAGGAGGCGUUUGAAGUGAGGCAAGUGAAUGUGAUGUAUUUAUAGGGCUUCUGCUCAGUGACUGUUUGAUCUGCCUGCCAGCUCACUGCCUCUGCCAACUACUAUUUAAAGGGAUUUCCCUUCAGGUACAAUUAAGGAGGGAGAGCCUUGUGCCCUUGACAUGUUUUUUUUCUACCUUGUCUUUAUUUGCCAUGUGUGUGUGUUGGCUUUCGUUGUGAGGCCGCGUCCCCGUUGUAGGAUUUUUAAGCCAAAGAGGUAAUGAGAACAGCCACUGCAGCUCAGCGUUUGAAGCCCGAGGACGAGAAAAGAAAACAAGCUCUUAUAGAAAUACACUUUGAUGUUAAUGCGCUGAGGUUGCGGCUGUUUUUUCACGGUUCCCUGGCUUAGCUGCGCUGUGGUAUGAGAUGGCAACAACCAUGUAAGCAUUUACACAUCAACAAUGAGCAAAGAUGAUUAAAACCAUUCCAGAGCAGUCUGUUUUUACACACUUACGUAAACGUAGUUUAUCCUGCUUAGUUCUUAAAUAUUUAUAUGAUCAAAUGAAAUGUAAUUGUUCUUACAUGAUUGUGCAUUAUAGCGUACGUGCACCUUGUGGGUGAAACUUUUAUUUUCAAUGAAAAAUUAUUCACUUCAGUGUUUUUUUUAUACUUCACUAAUUG